CAGUGUAAAAUCUUCUAGCAGCUUGGAGCCCAAUUUGUUUUGUGAUGAGGAAAUCCCCAUUAAAUCAGAGGAAGUGGUGACACACAUGUGGACUGCUCCCUCAUUCUGCGCUGAACACGCGUAUUCGUCUGCUUCUAAAAGCUGCUCUCAAGGUUCUAGCACUCCAAGGAAGCAGCCUCGGAAGAGUCCGCUGGUACCUCGCAGUUUGGAACCCCCUGUAUUGGAGCUGUCACCUGGAGCGAAAGCUCAGCUAGAAGAUCUAAUGAUGGUAGGAGAUCUACUAGAGGUAUCACUGGAUGAGACUCAGCACAUCUGGCGGAUUUUACAGGCUACUCAUCCACCUGCUGAGGACAGGUUCCUUCAUGUCAUGGAGGACGACAGCAUGGAUGAAAAACCACUGAAAAUGAGAGGGAGAGACUCUUCUGAGAGGAAGCGGAAACGAAAACUGGAGAGAGCAGAGCAGUUUUUCGGAGAUAUGAAGCAAAAAUCUAAAGAGCUGAAAAAACUGGAAAAACCCAAGAAGAAGAAGCUAAAACUCACCAUAGAUAAGACAAAGGAGCUGAACAAGCUGGCAAAGAAACUGGCUAAGGAAGAGGAGCGGAAGAAGAAGCGAGAGAAGGCGGUUGUGACAAAGGUGGAACUAGCAAAGGAGAGCACAGAGAAAAAAAGAGAGAAGAAGAUUCUAGAUAUUCCUUCUAAAUACGACUGGUCAGGAGCGGAGGAGUCAGAUGAUGAGAAUGCCGUAUGUGCUGCACAGAACUGCCAGAGGCCCUGCAAGGACAAAGUGGACUGGGUGCAGUGUGAUGGUGGCUGCGAUGAGUGGUUUCAUCAAGUUUGUGUCGGUGUCUCUCCAGAAAUGGCUGAGAACGAGGAUUACAUCUGUAUAAACUGUGCAAAGAAGCCAAUGCAGGGACCAAGUAGCCCUGCUCAUGCACCACCUCCUCCUUUCUUAUUGAGCUACAAACUACCAAUGGAAGAUCUUAAGGAGACAAGUUAGCAACUACUCGAUGCCUGGAACUUAUUGGGAAAUGGACCACUGAAACCCUACAGCAGAAGAGGGUUUGAAGCUAAUGUAGCCACUGAGCUUCACUUCCAAGGAUGUACAGACCUGCAGCGGAGUUGGUCCCUUCCUUACAGCUGGCUUCCUUCAUAAAAUGAGGAUGUCAAAGCACAGUGGUACCGACUCAUCUAUGCAGACCCCGCCUGAUUAGGAGCUUCGGCCAGUGUUUUCUGACUUGAGUGUUUCCAUCUUUGAGUGUGGCUGUUGCUCUUAGAGACCGAGCAAACCCGAGGCUGUUAGAUUAGACGCUUCAGGGUGUUAGAAGUACACGUUGGCAGUGGAGCUGGCCUGGAAUGGGUGGGCAUAGGCUGGAGCUGUUAGGCCUACCAGGUUACCCGAAGGAGGUGACUUCGGAAGUUCUCUCUUGCCUCCCCAUGCCAACCCAGUGAGUAGGGCAAUGUCUUGGGGCAGUUAAGUUGCCUCUGUAUCCAGGCAGCUAACACUACACUAUAAGGAUGGGAGCAAGUGGAUGAAUUUAUUUUAAUUUCUCUUUUGUAGCUAAAGGGCAGAGGAGCUCAUGAUCUCAGAAAUCAGCAAAGGUUCUGUUUACCAAAAAAAGAAACCCAACUCUACUCUACUAGGCAAAACUUUUUUUUUUUCCUUAGUGGGGAACAACUGAUCUUCCUGUCCUGAGGAGGGCCAGAAAACAUUGAUGAAGAUGUCUAGCUAGAUCAGAGCUUGGGAAAAGCAGAGUGCUUCCCUUUCCACAGGGAUGCCCUCUCCUGUUCUAGGCUUUGCGUAGAGUUCUACACUCCUGCACAUUAAAGUUGUCUCAUGCAGGAUGGAGCUGGCAAGGAGGUGCAGCACCCAGGACACCAGCUUCUGUGAUCUGUACCCAGGGAUGGGAAGGAAAGAAGACAGCCCACUUACCUCAGAGGUUACACUGACAUGUACUUCUGUGAAAAAGUUUCACUCACAGCUAUUUCCAGUAUCACCAGGCUACAGGCAUGGCCUCAAGCGAUACCAGCAAGCAGUCUGCAGAUACUGUUGGCAGCGCAAAUCCCCCUCCCUGCUGGCUUUGCUGGAUGUGUACCAGUGUGCAGUCAGCAACAGUUCUUGCUUGAAGUUGCCCCUGGCUUUGCCAGAGGACCAGAGGGCUUGGGGUCAUCCUGGGUGACAGUUGUUUUAGUAAAUCCAUUUUUAAAGAAGGACUUGUUUUUACUUUUUUCUAAAUGUCUCAGACUACUGACUUGUUCUAUAAAUAGAUUAUUUUUCUUUGAUUUUUUUAUACUUACCACUGUUAACCAGCAGCACAGACAGAGGUUCACAAAGCAAAAACCUGCCCGUGGGCUUGGGUUUUUUUACUCCAUUCCUUCCUUGUAGUACAAGGAAUUAGCAGUUACCUUCCCCAUUCUAGCCUGACCAGCUGCCUGUGUUUAAAUAGGUAAAUACAUUUCAUGUGCUACCUUUGUGUUUGGGUUUGUUCCUAUUAGUGGGGCAUCUGGGCCUUAACGACUCCAGUGGAUGCUGGCUUUGUGUAUGUGAAUGUCUGAAGCCAGCCGCUGGGCUGUCUUGUCCCCCUCUCCACUCGCUCCCUAUUGUGUUUCCAUUCUUCUGCAGUUCUAGGAGUGUUGUAAGUAGUGUCCAGUCUUACUAGGAGCUGGAUUGGGAUUUAAAGAAAUAUUGACAAAAACAAAAGUGUUCUGUCUUGACUGUUCUGUGUCCCUUCUCUUGUUCUCUAAUAUUUGGAAGCUUACUUAUCUGGCAGAGUUAUCCAUCCA